CUCAAAAAAUAUUGGUUUAUUUUACCUGUCCAUUUACGGUCACACUGAUUUUGUUUGACUCUUGGCGGCGUAGUUUUAUUAUCAUUUUUAUUUACUGCGCGUUUUGUGAAGUUUUGUAAAGCGUUUUAUUGUUGUGUGUUAACAUCCAUACCAAUGAAUUUCAGCGAUGGCGACUUUAAGGAUCUGCGCUCCAAGCUGGACGUUAUGGGCUUCACGCAGACGCUGCCAGUGCUGGCCAUACCGCUCGUCCAGGCGAUCUUUGCAGAUUUAAUCAAGACGACGGAAUGUCUCCGGGACACCAAAAAGCAGAUUGCGGUAUUGCUGGAGGAUAAGACCUGUUGGGAGCUGGGCGUUGAGCCGUACAAAUGCGACAACGCUCGCCUGCUGGCCGAGUGCAACGAACUCCAUUUGCAGUUCCUGCGUGACCGCGAGGACUAUGAGCUGCGUCUGUGUGAAUCUGAGCGCAAGAUCCGUAACUUGGAGACGGACAGAGAGCACUUGCAGAGCCACAAUGUGGGCCUUCAGCAUCAACUGGAUGCCUUGCUUGCCAAGCAAAUGAUUUCCUCCACCGCCGCCAAGCGUACGCAGAUUGGCAUUAAUCGUCAAACCAAAAAACCCUUUAUAACUACAGUCCGUUCCGGCAAUGUGCUGCCUGCUGUUCUCGCCAGCAGUUCUUCCGCCGCCUUAAAAUGCACAAAAUGCAAUGCAGGUGUUUUCCAAAAGACCACCACAACUGGCAAGGAUGGCGGAGUGACAGUAACCCAGACUAGCGGCCAGGAGGAGCUAGACAAGAUGCAAAACGAUCUUAUUUCGGCCGCCGAGCAACUGGAGUUCUACAAGCGCAAAGUAGAGUCAAGAAACCGGGAAAUACGUCGUCUAAAUGAUAUGCUAGCUGGCGGACGACCUCCGGCAGCUUUAGCCAAAGAUUGCUGCUACAAGGAUGUGGGUGCACUCUCGCAGGACAUUGAUUUAUUGCAGCGCGAGAAGAGCGAACUAAUGCUGCAGGUGCGUGAUUUCCAGGACAAGAUGCACGAUGCCAUGCAGAAGGCAUUGGGAUCCGAGGAGGAGAAGCGCAAACUGCAAACUCAACUGGAGGAGCUCAAGGAGGCUGCCCUGCAAGUAGAGCAGCAGGCCAAUACGGAGAUAGAAGCCAGGGAGCAGGAAAUAAAACAAUUGCAACUGGAACUAAAGAAUCUGCAAAGAAGCAAAAAUCCCCGACAGGCCGGUGGUGGUGGAUUUGCCGCCAACCAAAGCGAGAAGCAUAAUCUCAACGAGCGUCUGAAUCUGCUGACUCGUCGCGAGGAGGAACUGGAGGCCACCAACGAGAAGCACAAGAAAAAGAUCAACAAAAUGAAUGCCAAGAUUCUGGAUCUGCAAAAGGAGCUAAAGGAUCACAACCAACACAUUACGGGCAAUCUGGAUGAGGAGAAGAUCCGCCUUGCAUCGGAACGCGACUUCUUCCAGAAGGAAUACUUGCGCCUGAUGAGCAAAUCUGGUUCCGACACGGAGAUUGCCUUCUUGCAUGCUCAAAUCAAGUCCAAGGACGAAGAACUAAAAGCUCUACGAUUAGAGCUCUUCCCUGGCGGCAGCAAAUUGCAAUUUUCGCCACAAAAGAGCGUCCAGUAUGAGACUCUGCCCCCAGCCACUGCUACAUCCUCCUCCUCGACGCGCCCCUCAACCGCCAAUAGUAAUCAAAGUGAAUGCGUACAGGCCGCCAUUGGCAGGGCGGAGCGAGAGCGGGAUUGUGCUAGAUCCGAGCUGGAAAGAGUACGCUGCGAACGUGAUACCCUAAGGGAGAAGCAAUUGUGCAAUGUCCAGCUUCAUGCCGAAGAAGUCAACGCUCUGCGCAUGCGCAACGAAGAGUUAAACGAUCGACUGCGUCAAAUGGAGCGGGACAAGCGUGAGCUCAGCUCUGCACGCAUUCCGGCCGAGACAAAUCUGGUGCUGCUCAAGGAGGAUCUGGUACUAAUGCGUCAACGAAUGGCUGCCCUGCAAGCUGAGUUCGAUGAGCAAAAGAAGGAAAAUAGUCAGAUUAGCAUGCUUAAUGAGCAGAAUGAACGCAUUAUAACCGAGCUUCAGAGCAAGCUGCUGGUUGCCGAGCGCCAGCGUCAGUCGGCGGAUGUGCGAGCCAGUACCCUAGAUUCCAGUCGAGAAUCCAAUCGCAACGAGGUCACCCAACUCCGCACCGAUAUUGGAGUUUUGCGGCAGACCUAUAUAUCACUGGAGCAUGAAAAGGAUACACUUUUGCAUCAAUUGGACAGCAAAACAGAGCGAGCCUAUAAGCUGGAGUACGAACUAAAGGAUUGCCAGGAGAAACGUCAUUCCCUUGAGCAGAGAGUCAAGGAGUUGGAGGAACAAGUGCGGUAA